CAAAAAACAAUUUUCUAAUGUAAAAAAAAAAUUUGUUAUAAAUACAAUUGAUAAUAGUAUUAGCUCAAAAUGUUAUUCUAUAAAACAGCAUUCUAUACAAUUGGAAAAAAAAAAUCAUAGUAAAUAUGAUGUAUUAAAACUAAAAAAAAAUAAAAUAUUUUGUGAUUCUAAUGAAAAAAAAAAUCAUAAAUCUGAUAAUUAUAUUAAUUAUGAAAAUAACUCUCUUAUAUUAAAUAUUUCUGAAAGUGAAAAUGAUUUUAUACCAAUUGCAUGUUCCACAAUGAUAAAUGAUAAAUUAUUAGAUAUAGAAAAAGAAGAACAUUCUAAAAAUGCGCAUAAUUUGCAAAAACAACAUGACAGCUAUGCAUGCCAACUUUCAUGUGAAAAUUUUAAAGUGAUAGGAAAUAAUAAAAACAUAAAUCUAGUUGAAACAGAUGAAUUAAAUACAAUGCAAACUUCCUUAAAUGUCAAUACAUCUAUUGAUCAAAUAAAUGACAAUAAUAAAUAUAAAAAUAAAUCUAAACAGAAAGAUUGUGAAAAUAAAAAAAGUUUUGAAAAUGAACAAAAAGAUACACAUGCAUUAAAUUUUAAAACAACACAAGAUAGUGUGAAUACUGUUUGUACUUCAUUACAAAUGAACACAUCAUUAGAUACUUCAAAGAGAUUACAAAAAAAUAAUGAUGCAAUUGAUGAUAUAAAUUUAAUUAAAAAACAAAAAAGUACUUUUAAUUUACAAAAUACAAAAAAUAAUAGUUUUGAUGUGCAAAAAACUAAUAAUUACAAAAUACCUUAUCAAAAUGAUGUAAUUCUACAAAAAAUUCAUAAUUGUGGUAAUAUAAAUAAUACAAUCAUUUUGCAUAAUUCAUCUUGUAAAAUGUCGCACAUUGACUCAAAAACAUCUAUAAUCAUUAAAGAAUCAACUGAUGAAAGUAAAAUAGAAACAAAUCAAAAUAUGAAAUAUUCAAUGACAUCAAAUAAUAAAAAAAAAUGUAAAAAAAAAUUAUUACCUUUACAUGAAUCUUCACAAUUAUUAUCAUUCUCUCCUGUACAAAAUGAAGAAUAUUCAUCUCCUCCAUUUUUAAUAUUUAGAAAAAAACAUAAAAAAAAUAAAAAUGAAGUUAAAAAGAUAGUUAAUGAAAAUAACACAGAAAUUGUUAAAAAAAAGAAAAAAAAUUAUGAUGGUAAAAAAAAACAAAAAAAAACAAAAAAAAUAGUUAGUAAAAAAAUUGUUAUUAAAAAAAUUGUUAAUGAAGAUAUUUUAAAGAAAUUAAGAGAAAAUAAAGAAAAAGUUAAUAAAUUAGAAACAACACAUAUUUAUACUUUAGAAAGAAAUUUAUCAGGUGAUUUUCAACCUACAAAAACAUCAUCUGUUGUUCAAUUUGCAAAAAAAAAACAAAUGCACAAAUUGAAUAUUGUUACAACUGGUUUGUCUAAUGAAGAUAAAGAUAUAGUGAGAAGUGUUGUUAAAACUCUUGGUUCAGCAAAGAUUGAAUUAAAAGUUACAAAAAAUACAACACAUGUAGUAACUACAGGUGUACGUACAAUAAAUCUGUUACAUGGUAUUAUAAGAGGCUGUUGGUUAGUUAGUUUUGAAUGGAUCUUAAAAUCUUUAGAAAACAAUACAUGGCUAAAUCCAGAAAAAUAUGAAAUGACACAUUUUUCAAAAGCAGUUUUGGAAAAUCGUAAAGAUAGGCAACUAUUUGGAAAAUCCUAUGUUCCAGAAUUAUUUACUGCUUGUGGAUGCAUAUACAUUGAAAAAAAUACAACACCACCUUAUAAUGUAUUAAAAGAUCUCAUAAAAGCUGCUGGUGGUUGUAUUACUGAAAAUCCAGAAACAGCAAAAAUUAUAAUUGGUGUUGAAGGUUUAAAAGAAACUUGGAUUUUAGAUUGUAUCACAUCAGGUGAAUUACAGCCACAUAAUCAAUACCAACGAUUAUAAAUAUUAAUUUAAAUAUUAUGAUAUUUUUAAAAUAAUGAAUAUCGAAAGCAAAUAUCAGUUGAAACAUAAAUAUAUGUAUAAAUUUAUAUAUCACAUAUAUAAAUAAAAAGA